AUGACAACGCCAUUCAUCUCAAAGAGAGAGAAAAAUGCAGCAGAUAAUAAAGAUUCUUAGAAUAAAGCAAAUGAAGCAAAUAAAAAGUUUAAUACAGGUAAAUCUAUCAUGAAAUAAGAAUCUAAAAUGUAAGGAGAAAUAGAAAAGGCUAUUUAGUGUUUUUCUGAAGCUAUCACUCUACUUUAAACAGCUCCAAACUAAAGCGAAAAAACAUAUGCAAGAUAUUAUGCAGCAAGAGGUAAUGCCUUUAUGGAAAAUGGUCAGUAUCAGAGAGCUCUUUAUGAUUUUUCUGCUGCAGUUAGGUUUUAAGAAACAGAAGCUGAAUAUUACAGUAGUAGAGGUAAUUGUUUGCUUUAAUUAAAUCAGAUUAAGGAGGCAUUAGAAGAAUUCUAAAAGGCUAUAGAGUUAGAGCCUUCUGAUGGAUAUAGUUACUUAAAUAGAGCUCUAGUAUAUGCUAGAUUAGAAGAUUAUCAUAAUGCAAUAUUAGAUUACACAAGUGCACUUUAAAAAAUUCCUUAAUCCAAGAGUGAAUCAAAGAAUGUAAAUGCUGAAUUUAAAGCUUAUUUUCAUAGAGGUAAUUGCUACAGACAGAUUAAGGAGUACAAUAAGUCCAUAGAAGAUCUAUAAAAAGCAUGCGAAAUUAAAAAAGAUAAUCCUCCUGCAUAAAACAACUUGGGUUUAUCUUAUUUUGAAAAUCAACUUUAUGAACAAGCCUUAGCUAAGUUUUAAAAUGCCAUUGAUUUAGAUGACUCCAAAGCUACUUAUUAUAAUAACAAAGCUUUAGCUCUAUAUCAUUUAGGGUAAUUGGAUUUUUCUCUUACUGUUUAUAACAAAGCAAUUGAGGUAGAUCCAAAUGAUGCUCGUACACUUUAUAAUAGAGGUAACACUUAUCUAGCUUUAGGUUAAAAUAAGUAAGCUCAUGAAGACUUUGACAGUGCUAUCAGAUUAAGUCCUAAUAAUCCUAAAUUUUACCACUCAAAGGGUUUAGCUUAUCAAGAUGUAGGUGAUUAUAUAAAUGCUAUUUAGUUUUUUAAAAAAGCUUUGGUCAUUUAAGAAGAUCAUGUGCCUUCAAUCUACCAUUUAGGUUUAAUGCAACAUAAAAAUGGGGAUUUAAACGAAGCCCUUGAAUCUUUUACUAAAGUUUUGUAAGCAAUAGGAAAUGAUAGACUUGUCUAUGAAAGUAGAGGUUUAGUUUAUCAAGAAAUGAAAAACCAUGAGUAUGCCAUUUAAGAUUUUGAUGCUGCUAUUGAAUUAGAACCUGGUUAUGCUGAAAUAUACUAUUAUAAAGGUCUUAGUAGAAUAGAGUAAAAGAAAUUAAUUGAUGCAAUUGAGGAUUUUAAUAAAGCCCUAGACUUAGGCUCAAAAAACCCUGGUAUAUUCAGUGGUAUAGGCCAAUCCUAUCGUUUUCUUAAAAAUUUUGAAAAAGCUCUUUAUUAUCUAAAUCAAGCUUUAGACAAAAGCCCUGGAAAUGAAGAGUUUCUUGUAUAGAGAUCAAAUAUUUAUGUAGAUAUAGGAAAAUAUUAGGAUGCUAUUGAUGAUUUAACUGAAGCAUUGAAGAAGAAACCUUUGGAUCCUUAAGUAUUAUACAAAAGAGGAUUAGCUUUUUAUAAAAAUAAAUAAUUUGAGAAGGCUAUUAAAGAUCUAUUCAGAGCUUUAGAAAAUAAACCUUAUUACAGUUACGAAAGUGAUAUUCACUACCAUUUGGGAAUUUCUUAUUCUAAUAUGGAAAUAUAUGAAAGAUCAAUAGAACCAUUAUCUAAAGCUAUUUAGCUUUCUAAGUAUGAGCCUUGUUAUAUCCAUGAAAGAGCAAAAUCAUAUCUUCUUGUGGGUGAAUAUUAAAAAUCUGUUGAUGAUUUCACAAGAGUUAUUGAACUGCAGCCCAGAAAUCCUCAUGCCUAUUUUGGAAGAGGGUUUGCUCUUAAAUCUCUUAAAAAAUACGAAUUAGCUUCAGAAGAUUUUGAAAAGGCUAAGGAGCUAGACCCUAAUAACCCAAAACUUGUAGUAAAUUACAAGAUGAUUUAUAAUGUUAAAUAUGUAAAACUCUGUGAACCUGGAGAGGAGCUUAAAUGA